GCCGAUACCAUCCCAGUGCGUAAUCACCUGGCAUCUACACCAGCUAUCACUACAACUAUGAUGUCGCGAUACGUCUACCUCAUCGCACUCGCACACCUCUUCAUUCCGGCGAUGACCCAGAUGGUCAUCUCUGAUGAAAUUGGUCCUAUGGAGCAUAACUGGAAAUUCGUUGUCAGCAGGGUUGACCCCUCAAACAAGGACUUCCCUCUUAAAUUGACUAACUGGGAGCUUGGGUAUGGAAGCCAAGUCGAGGAGACUUGCGAUGCCAACGCUAUGCUCGUUCCUCGCAAAAGUGGCAGUGGGCUCGUGUUCCACCAAGAUUUUGACAGCACAACUAUAUGGACUACAAUUUUCAACAAAACUCGACCGCUUUCCAUAGCUCCCGCGAAAGGGCAUACCGCCGUGGAUGACGAUAAGCUUCAACGCGUGAAGUUGCACUGCAACAAAACGCACACUUCCAAGCUCCAAACCCACCUCGACGACAUGGUUCCCACGCUGUUUGCCGACACCGGCGGGCAUUUCUACGCGUGUAUGAGAAAAGUCAGCGCGGGUGAAGAGCCUCAAGUAUUUUAUCGAACGCACGAGGACCUGCCGGAGGGUUGCAUCGACAUCAAUUUGCACCCAAAGUGUGUUACGGGACCCGAUAGAGGCGAACAGAAUGUUGGCUUCUGUUGUUCUCGUAUCAAAUAUGGCUGCGAUUCGGAGGAAACUAAGAGGAGAUGGUGUGUAACAAAUCAUGACGAGGAAUAGCGGAUACAAGGCUGCCCAGGAACAUGGGAAUCCUCGACCAAGGAGGAUGGAAGAGAGGGAACAGCAUGAUUGAAUCAAAAACACCACGGUCAAUAUGAAAGCCUAGCCACGACCAACUAAGCAUUAUAUCACCAAUAAAAACUACGCACAAGCACAAAGUUGCUAGGUGAAGAAUUAAUGAUUUGGCAUUGUUUUUCUCUGCUGAAGACUUCAGGCUGUGAGAUCAGGCCCACCGAGGUGCAGUCUUUUUGACAAUCUUUACAUUUUGACUCCUAUAUUCAACGC